AUGGCAACCAGACGUGUUCAUCUUGAAGAUGACCUUUCCUGUCCAAUUUGUGGACAUAUUCUGAGCAAGCCAGUGGUGCUCACUUGCAAACAUAGAUUUUGUAAAGCCUGUCUAAAAGACAGCUGGGAGACACAAGGCAGUGGGGAUUCACACUUCUGUCCUCUGUGUUGGCGCCGGUCAUCCAUGGAUCAAAUAGUGGUGAGCAGCGUGCUGGAGAGAGCCUGUGAAUCCUUCAAGGAAAGCAGAGGCAGGAAUGACCCGGAGGCAUGUCAAGAACAUGGAGAAAAGCUCACAAUGUUCUGUUUGGAGGACCUGGAACCCAUCUGUGGUGUGUGUGGGAAGGCAGCUGCACACAUUGGACACAGGCUCUAUCCCAUCGGGGAAGGUGCUCAUGACUGUAAGGAGGAACUGAAGAACGCACUGCUGCCUUUGAAAGAGAAAUUGCAAUUGUACAAGAAGGCCAAAAUGGUCUGUGAGGAAAUGACAGAACAUGUUAAGAACCAAGUUGAACAUACUGAAACACAAAUCAAAGAAGAGUUUAAAGCCCUUCACCAUUUCCUGAAAGAGCAGGAGGCUGCCAGGCUUUCCACUUUAAAGGCUGAAGAGGAACAGAAGAAUCUGAUGAUUAACCAGACGAUUGAGGACAUGGACAGUGAAAUGACAUCUCUCUCCAACACCAUCAGAUUAGUAGAACAGGAGAUGAAAUCUAAUGAUGUCCCAUUUCUUAAGAAUUACAAGGAAACAAUAAAGAGAACCUGGCGUACUUCCCUUGAUCCAGAGAUGAUUUCUGGUGCUCUGAUUGAUGUGGCCAAGCACUUGGGCUCUCUGAAAUAUAAAGUGUGGGAGAAGAUGAAGAGAAUAGUUAGAUAUAAUCCUGUGAUUCUGGAUCCCAACACAGCAGCGAGCUGCUUCAUCCUCUCAGAGGAUCUUACGGUGGUGCAGACCUCUUCCCAGAAUUUCAAGCUGCCGGACAACCCAGAACGCUUUGACAUCAGUGCCGAGAUGCUGGCUGCUGAGGGCUACACCUCUGGACGCCACAGCUGGGAUGUGGAGGUGAAAGACAACACCUACUGGGUGGUGGGAAUAGCCAGCGAGUCCAUCAACAGGAAAGGAAAGCAUGUGCUGACACCAGCAGAGGGGUUCUGGACUAUUAGGUUUCGCAACGGAGAGCACAAGGCCUGCACGGCACCAUGGGAGCCCCUGAAUAUGACCAAGACGCCGGAAGUGAUAAGAGUGGUUUUAGACAUGGACCGAGGCAAGGUCACCUUUUAUGACCCUGGAGAGAGAACACCUCUCUACACCUUCAUGGAUGUCAUCACACCCAGAGCCUUUCCCUACUUUUGCACUGCCUGCAAAGAGCAUCCAAUGAAAAUCCUGCCAGCAAGGAUAUCAUUGUCAACAGACCAUUAAUUCA